CAACGAAGGAGAGCAGCAAUACGGAGCAUCCAUUUGAGAGCUUAGCAAGCGUUUUCUGCUCUCUCCCCAAUUCCACACACAAAAAUCUGUCAAGAUGAUGUAUGGACAAGAUGAAGAUAUGUACGACCAGGAUGAUGAGAGUGAUGAGGUGACCAUGGACUUGUGGCAAGAGGCCUGCUGGAUUGUCAUCAGUUCCUACUUUGAUGAGAAGGGCUUGGUGCGACAGCAACUGGAUUCAUUUGAUGAGUUCAUUCAGAUGUCUGUACAGAGAAUUGUGGAAGAUGCACCUCCUAUUGACUUGCAGGCAGAAGCACAGCACACACAUGGCACUGUUGAAACACCACCCCGCUAUGUACUUAAGUUUGAGCAGAUUUACUUGUCCAAGCCCACUCACUGGGAAAAGGAUGGUGCACCCAGCCCCAUGAUGCCAAAUGAGGCCCGUCUUCGGAAUCUUACAUAUUCAGCACCAUUGUAUGUAGAUAUCACAAAAACAGUCAUCAAAGAGGGGGAAGACCCAGUGGAGACAUUGCACCAAAAGACGUACAUUGGGAAGAUUCCCAUCAUGUUGCGAUCUACAUAUUGUCUGCUCAGUGGUUUGGCUGAUCGUGAUUUGACUGAGUUGAAUGAAUGCCCCCUUGACCCGGGCGGAUACUUUAUCAUCAACGGCUCAGAAAAGGUGCUCAUUGCUCAGGAGAAGAUGGCCACUAACACAGUGUAUGUGUUCCAGCAAAAAGACUCAAAGUAUGCUUUUAAAACUGAAAUUCGGUCUUGUCUGGAGCACUCCUCACGUCCUACUAGUACUUUGUGGGUGAACAUGAUGGCCAGAGGAGGUCAAGGUUCUAAGAAGAGUGCCAUUGGUCAACGUGUGAUCUCCAUCCUGCCAUACAUCAAACAGGAGAUUCCCAUCAUCAUUGUUUUCAGAGCCCUGGGCUUUGUGUCUGACAGGGACAUCCUGGAACACAUUAUUUAUGAUUUCGAUGAUCCUGAAAUGAUGGAAAUGGUCAAGCCAUCCCUUGAUGAGGCUUUUGUCAUUCAAGAACAGAAUGUGGCCUUGAACUUCAUUGGUGCAAGAGGAGCUCGUCCAGGUGUCACUAAAGAAAAGAGAAUCAAAUAUGCCAGAGAGAUUCUGCAGAAAGAAAUGUUGCCUCAUGUUGGUGUCAGUGAAUUCUGUGAGACAAAGAAAGCGUAUUUCUUAGGAUACAUGGUGCACAGACUUCUAUUGGCAGCUUUGGGUAGGAGAGAAGUGGAUGAUCGUGAUCACUACGGCAACAAGAGAUUGGAUUUGGCAGGACCACUGCUCGCUUUUCUCUUUAGAGGGUUGUUCCGUAACCUCAUGAAAGAGGUUCGUAUCUACGCACAAAAGUUCAUUGACAGAAGUAAGGAGUUCAACAUGGAGUUGGCCAUCAAAACGAGGAUCAUCACUGAUGGCCUCAAGUAUUCUCUGGCUACUGGCAACUGGGGAGACCAGAAAAAAGCUCAUCAGGCCAGAGCUGGUGUAUCUCAGGUGUUGAAUAGAUUGACAUUUGCCUCCACAUUGUCUCAUUUGCGACGCCUCAACUCGCCCAUUGGAAGAGAUGGCAAGCUUGCGAGGCCCAGACAACUACACAACACUCAGUGGGGCAUGAUAUGUCCUGCCGAGACUCCUGAGGGAGGAGCUGUCGGACUGGUGAAAAACUUGGCCCUGAUGGCGUACAUUUCUGUGGGAUCCCAACCAUCACCCAUCCUGGAGUUUUUGGAGGAGUGGAGCAUGGAAAACUUGGAAGAAGUGGCUCCUUCGGCUAUCACUGAUGCCACCAAAAUCUUUGUGAAUGGUUGCUGGGUUGGCAUACACAGGGAUGCUGAUCAGCUGAUGAGCACUUUGAGGAAACUGAGGCGUGAGAUGGACAUCAUUGUCUCGGAGGUGUCCAUGAUCAGAGACUUUGGUGAUAAAGAGAUAAGAAUCUACACUGAUGCUGGCAGAAUUUGUCGACCCCUUCUGAUCGUCGAGAACCAGAAAAUGUUACUGAAGCAGAGUCACAUUAAACAACUGAAACAGAGAGAGUUCAACAAUUACAGUUGGCAAGAUUUGGUUGCAAGUGGUGUGGUAGAGUACAUUGACCCUCUAGAGGAAGAGACGGUGAUGCUGGCCAUGUCCCCGGCCGAUCUCAUGUCCGACGGUAAGGGUAUCGCCUACUGCUCCACCUACACCCAUUGUGAGAUUCACCCGGCCAUGAUCCUGGGCGUCUGCGCUUCCAUCAUCCCAUUCCCCGAUCACAACCAGUCUCCUCGUAACACUUACCAGUCUGCUAUGGGCAAGCAAGCUAUGGGUGUCUACAUCACAAACUACCACGUGCGAAUGGACACCUUGGCUCACGGACUGUUCUACCCUCAGAAACCUCUGGUCACAACAAGGUCCAUGGAGUACCUUAGGUUCAGAGAGCUUCCUGCUGGCAUCAACUCCAUUGUGGCCAUUGCCUCAUACACUGGGUACAACCAAGAGGACUCUGUCAUUCUGAAUGCCUCGGCCAUUGACAGAGGGUACUUCCGAUCAUUUUUCUUCCGGUCUUACAAAGAUGCAGAGUCAAAGAAAGGACUUGACCAAGAGGAAAUAUUUGAAAAGCCCAACAGGGAAACAGUCCAAGGGAUGCGAGCUGCCAUCUAUGACAAACUUGACGAGGAUGGUAUCAUUGCCCCAGGCACUCGUGUGUCAGGAGAUGAUGUGCUCAUUGGGAAGACGCUCACCCUGCCGGCCAAUGAUGAUGAGCUGGACAGCACAGCCAAGAGGUUCAGCAAGAGAGACUCCAGUGUGUUCAUGAGAAGAAGUGAGACUGGCAUUGUGGACCAGGUGAUGGUGACCAUCAACAAUGAAGGUUACAAGUUCUGUAAGAUCAGGGUGCGCACUGUGAAGACACCCCAGAUUGGAGACAAGUUUGCUAGUCGUCACGGGCAGAAAGGAACCUGUGGAAUCUCAUACAGACAAGAGGACAUGCCGUUCACCUGUGAGGGCCUCACGCCAGACAUCAUCAUCAACCCCCACGCCAUUCCAUCCAGAAUGACCAUUGGCCAUUUAAUCGAGUGCCUCCAGGGCAAGGUGGCUGCCAACAAGGGGGAGAUUGGAGACGCCACCCCCUUCAAUGAUACUGUCAACGUGCAGAAAGUCUCCAAGCUGCUGCAGCGCUAUGGCUACAACUUGAGAGGAAAUGAGGUCCUGUUCAAUGGUUUCACUGGCCGCAAGCUGAAUGCUCAAGUGUUUUUGGGCCCCACCUACUACCAACGUCUGAAGCAUAUGGUGGACGACAAGAUCCACUCCCGUGCCAGAGGACCCGUGCAGAUUCUCAACCGACAGCCUAUGGAGGGAAGAUCUCGUGAUGGAGGUCUUCGGUUUGGAGAGAUGGAGCGGGACUGUCAGAUUGCUCACGGAGCUGCUCAGUUCUUGCGAGAACGUUUGUUUGAAGCUUCUGACCCGUAUCGUGUGCAUGUGUGCAACCUGUGCGGUCUGAUUGCCAUUGCCAAUCUGCGCAACCAGACGUUCGAGUGCCGCUCGUGCAAGAACAAGACACAGAUCUCCCAGAUCCGCAUCCCGUACGCCUGCAAGCUGCUGUUCCAGGAGCUGAUGGCCAUGAGCAUUGUGCCUCGAAUGAUGGUCAACGGAUGAGUGCUUUCUGGGGUGGAUGCUUCUUCUGUGGGUACUGUUAAAACUGAGGCUGGGGAAAUCUCUUUUCCAGAAAUUUCUGGAAAUACGAAAGUCUGGGGUGUUCCUCGCAUGAAUUUUUAUUGUCCAGUCUUAUGUGGGCAAUGGCAACAUAACUUUGUUGAUAGGAAUCAAGUUCGUCGGUUUUUCAUGACCUACCACUGUAUUAUUGUCUUUCCUUGCGUCUGUAGCUUCAUGAUGUCUUGUUUUGUUUUUCUUAAGGAAAGAAUGUUCUACUUGCUCUGGUGCUGUCUAUCAUGGUAGGUCUAGCAGAAUUUUCUAACAACGAAAGUGUGUUAGGAGUUCCAUAAAUUUUAGUAUUCCAUUUUAAAGAAAGGUAAAAUGUAUUUAUAGUCUAUGGCUUAUUUUAUGCAGUAGAUUCUUUCAUGUCUUUUGGUACAAUCUAAUAAAUGUGACAAUGCAUACGAUGGAAGUGGCACCUGUGUUGCCAAAAGUGUUUAAAAAUUUGUACGACCUAUGUGUCCUUUCUGAAACUGUUGCUGGCUCUUACCACUUACGUGAGAUUGAGAAAGCUGAGGGGAACCAAAGAUGUGUCAUUUUACUUUGAGGGGAAGAUUGUGUUUCGUAUUUUAUUUGGUGUUUGUUUCAUAACUUUCCUGUUUGAUUUAUUUUUGUACAUUGCCUUCUUUGUGGCUUGGUUUACAUUUUUUCUCUGUUGACUGAAAAUUUGUCAAUGAGAUGAAGCAAUUCUUUAGAGAUUGUUAUGGUUUAUAUUUGUCUGUUAUUGUGUCAAAGGAUUGCCUUAACAUAGGACUAUAUAUCCCAAUUACUUUGAUACGUUCAUUUCACUUUAAUUGUUUUGUUUCCAGUGUCAAAGUGUAGACAGUCUUUCCAUCUUACCUUGCAGAGAUUUCAAAAAUAAUUUAUUUAGCUCAUUAAACCGGAGCGUGUGCUCCUCAGCGGGUGAAGCUUCUUGAUGCGCAUAGGUUUUCUCAUGUAAACACUAUGGAUGCAAGAAAACAUUGUACAAAAGUUCUCUAAAGGGAAGCUAUUCUACUUUGUCUUCGUGUCUAUGUUAUGUCUUUGUGUCUAUCCUGAGUUGAUUCACAUCACAUCAUGUUGAGAUAAAGUGGUAGAACGUCAGUUGAGCUGAGUUGUAAAAAAAAAAAUUCAAACCGUGGAAAUCAAUUUCAGGGUCAAUGAGUUAAGAUAGAUAAGAUGAGUCAUUGUUGGAAAUGUAGGGACUGGGACUUACAAAAUUACCCAUUUUCAUAUCCCUUCAGUAACGAUGAUGAGGUAAUAGCUAUUUUUCGUACCAUGAGGAACAUAGGCAUGUACAAUUGUAGGGUCUAUGGAAAUUUACUUCGCUGAACUUGACUUGAUAAGGCUUGUAUUUUUUAAGAAAUUUGUCGAAUGCAGUUUGUUGCUGUUCAAUGAAUUAUGUGACAAGUAAAUAAAGUAUUUGAAAUGUG